CCGAUGCGAGCCGUCAUCCUCUGUCUAUGUUUGUAGCGUAUCCGUGUCACCUCAGACGUCAUCGAUCACGCCCAGCAGGCCAUCUUCCUCUCCCGUAUAAAUGUACAAGACCAGUAGCCUUGUACAACUACGUUGCUUAUAAGGAGUUCGAUCGAGCAGCUCGGAGAAGGCCGACGACGACCAAGAAGAGGCCGAUCCGACCCUGGGAGCUCGCGCGCGCACACAGUACGCGGCCAUGGGUGAGGAAGCGGCGGCCGUGCCCCCCGCCGUGGCGGCAGCGGCGGCCCCGCCGCACCUGCUGCUGAUAUGCUUCCCGGGGCAGGGCCACGUGAACCCCAUGCUCCGCCUGGCGAAGCGCGUCGCGGCCAAGGGCCUCCUCGUGACCUUCUCCUCGUUGGCCAGCGUGGGCGCGAGGCUGGCGGCCGCCGCGGGGGUGUCGGCCGGCGGCGACGGCGUGCCCGUGGGCCGGGGCCGCGUCCGGUUCGAGUUCCUGGAGGACGGCGACCCCGGGUCCCACCUGGACGACCUCAUGCGGCACCUCGAGACGGCCGGGCCCCCGGCGUUCGCGGCGCUGCUGCGGCGCCAGGCGGAGGAGGGCCGGCCCGUGGCGUGCGUGGUGGUGAACCCGUUCAUGCCGUGGGCGAGCGACGUGGCCGCCGGCGAGGGGAUCCCGACGGCGGUGCUGUGGGUGCAGUCGUGCGCGGUGUUCUCGCUCUACUACCACCACGUGCACGGCCUGGUGGAGUUCCCGCCCGAGGACGACCCGGAGGCGCGGUUCCAGCUCCCGGGCCUGCCGGAGAUGUCCGCCGCCGACGUGCCGUCGUUCCUGCUCCCGUCCAACCCGUUCAAGCUCCUCGCCGACGCGAUCAUCACGCAGUUCCGCACCAUCGAGCGGGCCUCGUGGGUGCUGGUGAACUCGUUCGCGGAGCUGGAGCCGGACGUGGUGGCCGCGCUGCCCGGCGUGACGCCGCGCCCGCCGGAGCUCAUCCCCGUGGGGCCUCUCAUCGAGCUCCAGCAGGGUCAGGAGGACGACGAGGUGCGCGGGGACCUGAUCAAGGCCGCCGACGACUGCGUGGAGUGGCUGGACGCGCAGCCGCCGCGGUCCGUGGUGUACGCGUCGGUGGGCAGCGUGGUGGUGCUGUCCCCCGGCGAGGUCGCGGAGAUGGCGCACGGGCUGGCGUCAACGGGGCGGCCGUUCCUGUGGGUGGUGCGGCCGGACACGCAGCCGCACCUGCCCGAGGGGUUCCUGGACUCCGUGUCCGGGCGCGGCGCGGUGGUGGCGUGGAGCCCGCAGGAGCGCGUGCUGGCGCACCCGUCGACGGCGUGCUUCCUGACGCACUGCGGGUGGAACUCGACGCUGGAGACGGUGGCGGCGGGGGUGCCCGUGGUGGCGUUCCCGCAGUGGGGGGACCAGUGCACGGACGCGCGGUUCCUGGUGGAGGAGCUCGGGAUGGGCGUGCGCCUGCGCGGCGCGCGGCGGGAGGCCGUGCGCGAGGCCGUGGAGGCCGCCGUGGCGGGGCCCUGCGCGGGGGACAUGCUCGCGAGCGCCAGGCGGUGGAGCGCUGCGGCCAGGGCCGCCGUGGCGCCCGGCGGGUCCUCGGACGCCCACGUCCAGGCGUUCGUGGACGAGGUGGCGCGGCGGGCGCGUGGUGGCGGGGCGGCUAAGGCCCGGGCCCAGGCGCAGCCCCCUCCCGCCGUCGUCACGGAGGCCUAGCGGAGCCGAGCCUCGAGCCUGAGCAGCAGGUCGCGUCGUGACUUGAGCUCAGAGAGAGGGUAAUAGUGCUGGCUAGGGUAAACCAAAGCCACUCGCAGGCGUCAUCUUGCUGCGUCUCGACUCGUGGUGGAUACCGUGGAUGUCCGUGUGUUGAUGGAAGGUUCUGAACUUCUGACUUGUGAGGCGACGACGCAUGUGGUCUCGGCGAGCUGCCGCGCCAGCCAAACGAAAGAGCCUGGAAGUUGCAGUCGACUGGUGGAGGUACGGUGUGCCCGCCCCGGACGCCUGCAGCUGCAGGAACGUACGGGGCACGGGUGGGUCGACGGCGACGUGGGCGGCGCGGGCACAAGUGGCGCGGCGCGGCGGUUUUCCGGGCGGCGCCGCCGGGAUGGGUCGCGUCAGGCCGGCCGCUCAAGUCUCGACACAUGCAUGUGACUUGACGACGGUGUAGCUAGCUAGCUAGAACAGGCCCGUCGUCGUCCUCGUCGUCGCCGGCCAACUUUCAAGGUCAGGGAGGCGACGCCCCCGCCAGCCGUGAGGGCAGGGGAACUGAGGGCGGCGCCUCGGACGUUCCAUAUAUACCUAACCCCAAAUUUGACUGUUAUAAAAAAAAAACCCCCAAAUUUGA